UUUAAACUACAUGGACUUCCCCGGAACACGCUAGAGGAAAUGACGUAAACGGAAGAGCUUUAGCAUGGCGGUUACUGCUUGAUUGUUAUAGUAGGGUGGGUGAUUGAAUCAGCGGUUUUAUAUUCGGGAUAUGUGCUGUACACAUCAUAAGCUACAGCCAAGGAUCCAUGAACAAAAGCAGAUGGUAUGGAGAGCACACUGAAAGGCUCGAGGCCUAGCAGCCCUUUUCUCAGCCUGGAUGAAGAUGACACCAGUGAAAGUUUAAACGAGGCUUGUUUACUCAGUGACAGUGAACUUCCUUUUGACGAUCGAGGAUCCUCUUUCGAGUUUUCUAACGUGGUCGUUCCCGAAACCCCAGAAAGCCCUCUCACUUUUCGGAGAAAACGACAAUCCCAAGUAACUGAUAAUUACAGUGGGGCUGCACUAUGUGGUCCAGACACCAAAAGGUCAGAGAAAAGCGGCACGAUUCCUGGAUACCUCCACACAACCCCGAGCUCUCAUAGGACACUAAAACGAAGGAGAUUGCAAGACCCUGUAGAAGGUGUCAAUAAUAUGCAAGCAAGAAAUGGAACAGGAUUUGUACCUGCUUCAUCUCUUUUACCUGAAAUCACAUGGCUGGAGUCUUCAUGUCCUUCGCAGUCCACGGUCUCCUUCUCUUCCAGUUCUGCCAUGUCAUGCUCUGCUGCAGCUGAAUCAUCUGUGCUGGGAGCUGCUGCUGGUCAGAUUUGCUCAAGUAUGAAAUCUCCCCAUGGUUGUGUCUCUGAGCAAAAAACACUUAAGAAAUGCAAUAAAGUACAGAGACUGAAAAAGUCGUCAUCUGUUAGUCAUGGGUCCUCUAGGUGUGCAUCAACAGCACAUUCACUUGCAGCAGAGAAGAACCAGAUGCAUGUUACAGACAUGGAAAGAAGAGGUGGUUAUGUACAAGAGGAGGUUGUUGUUAUAGACGAGGAUGAUGAUGAUGAUGAUGAUGAUAUGGUGGUUGAGGCUGUAGUUCGCUCCGUUCAAAUUGCUGAAGACGAGGCAUUUGCCAGAAGCCUCCAGGAACAAUUUGAUAGAGAGGAACAGCUUCAUCAGGAGCAAAAUCGAUUACACACCACACCCCCCAAUAGACAUCCCCAAAACGUCCCGUUUGAUUCCUGUGUAGGUUUGAGCUGGAUCUCUCCCUGGGCCUCCAUGAUGUACUCAUCAUCAUUCUCAGAGCUGCAGGAGGGCAUGUCUGUGGGACAGCCCAGCAGGCAAACGAGACCGGCUCGAGGAGGUCGCAGCUCUCGACGCAGAAACACUCCACACUUGCCUUUAGACCUACUUGAUGACAGCCAGGGAAAUAACUAUGAGGCCUUUCUGGCAUUUGAGGAGAGCCAGGGAGCUGUGAUGGCCAAGAAAACUCUUAGUAAAUGGGAGAUUGAGAGACUCCCUGCAAAAGUUUAUGACCCUGCACACAAUGCAGGCAAAACAGAUUGCCAAAUCUGUUUCUCUGACUACAAGAAAGGAGAGAAGCUGCGAAUGCUGCCAUGCUUCCAUGACUAUCAUGUGAAGUGCAUUGAUCGCUGGUUGAAAGAGAAUGCUACCUGUCCUAUCUGCAGAGCAGAUGUGUCACUGUAGUUCAUAUGAUCUCAGGACUGCUUCUCUACCUCAUAAAACAAGACUACAAAUUCUGUAUUAUAUGCAUGCAAUUUUAACUUGUGCCUCUGAAAAGUUUUUUUUAAAAGGUUAAUGCAAUGGAUGGACCAGCAUAAAUUCCAUGACUAGAAUACAGUCUAUACCUCCAGGUUCACUGUUUUACUACUGUGCAUUCUUUUUUUUUUGUUUCAAUAAAACUUUUUUCCUCACAA